GCUGUCAGGAGAACUCAGUCAUACAGCUCCGGUGGGCGCGGCAAUUGUUGCCAGUUCUAGCGGUAACCAGCAAGCGCUGUGUGCCUGUCAGAAUGGCAGGGGAAGGGGAAACCGUGGAUAUAGAUGGGAGCAUCAUGGAAGGGGGUGGUCAGAUCCUUCGCAUCUGCGCUGCUCUUGGGUGUCUGCUGGGUAAACGGUUACAUGUUCAUCAGAUCCGAGCUGGUCGGAGUACACCAGGCUUAAGACCACAACAUCUCUCUGGGCUGCAAACUGUCCGUGACUUAUGUGGUGGAAAGCUGGAGAAAGCAGAAAUUGGUUCCACUGAGAUAGAAUUUGCUCCUGGAAAAAUCAAAGGUGGAACAUUAACUGCUGAUCCAAAGACAGCCGGGAGUGUGUGCUUGUUGCUGCAAGUCUCUCUGCCUUGUGUACUCUUUGCUGAGUCUCCAACUGAACUGAUCCUGAAAGGAGGGACUAAUGCGGAGAUGGCUCCACAGAUCGACUACACAACAAUGGUAUUUAAACCCAUUGUAGAACAUUUCUCCUUUAAACUGGACUGUGACAUCAAACGAAGGGGUUAUUAUCCUCGUGGAGGUGGGGAGAUACUUGUCAAGGUGUCCCCUGUCAAGCACUUAAACCCAAUUAAUCUGGUUGAUCGAGGCUCAGUUACUAAAAUCUAUGGCCGGGCCUUUGUAGCUGGGGUUUUGCCUUAUAAGAUGGCAAAGGACAUGGCUUCAGCAGCAGUGAGGUGUAUUCGCAGCGAACUCAGAGACCUACAUGUAAAUAUUCAAGCUGUACAGGAACCUAAAGACACAGCUGUUGCAAAUGGCAGUGGCAUCAUCAUUGUUGCAGAGACAUCCACCGGCUGUUUAUUUGCAGGGUCUGCUCUGGGUAAAAAAGGGGUUACUACUGAUCGAGUAGGAAUGGAGGCUGCUGAGAUUCUUCUUCGGAACCUGCGCCAUGGAGGCUGUGUGGAUGAGUAUCUUCAGGAUCAGCUGAUUAUAUUUAUGGCUCUAGCUGAUGGAAUCUCUCAGAUCAAGACAGGACCUCUGACCCUGCACACACAAACUGCUAUCCAUUUUGCAGAGCAGCUUACUAAGGCCAAGUUUACAGUAAAGAAGUGUGAAGAGGCAAAUACAGACUGUAAUAUAAUUGAAUGCCAAGGUAUUGGCUUCAAGAACAUGAAUAUAUGAGACUGAGAGGUCAGUGAAAGACUGCAGAAGUGAGAAAAAGGCCAUCAGCAUGUGAAUGGUGGUAUUCUAAAAACACAUUCUACCGACGUUUUUUUUCUGUCUAAAUGUCAAUUGGCUUGUUUGCAUGAAAACACAUUUUAGUUAAUUCAUCUGCAGUGUGAUAAAACUGCACAAACACACGCUUUUGCACAGCCCAAUAAAAAAGUGUGAAAUAAA